AUGCACACAUUUCUGAGUAUCUCUUGGGAACUCCUUUCUGUCUUCUUCUCCUACCGUCCACCCACACCCCCUUGUUAUUUUAGAUACAGCGCAAAAGCUGUGUUUAAAAGUACAAAAUCCUAUAAUCCAAUCGCCAUGAAGACGAUGAUCUCCUCUCCGAUUCCAACCUUCCACCCCCGGUUCUCACCGGCGGCAGGUUCUCAUCGUCUUUCAUCCCUCCUUCCAUCCAGUGGCAGUGUAGUCCUUACUGGAUCGAAAAUCCAAUGCAAAGCCGUAUCAAAGUCUCCUACACAAGAAUACUUUGAUGUACUUCAAAAAAAUGGUAUACCAUUUAUAAACUGGCAAAAUGACAUCGUGGAGGAUGAGUUGGAUAAAGAAAAGAAGAUUUUGUAUCCGAAUGAUGAGAUCAAAGGGUUUGUCGAGAGGAUCAAAGUGAUGUUGGGAUCGAUGGAUGAAGGAGAGAUAACUGUAUCGGCUUAUGACACAGCUUGGGUUGCACUCGUUCAGGAUAUUAACGGAAAUGGUCGCCCCGAGUUUCCGUCAAGUUUAGAGUGGAUUGUGAAAAAUCAACUACCUGACGGAUCAUGGGGCGACCGUUUGAUCUUUUCGGCUCAUGACCGGAUCAUAAAUACAUUGGCAUGUGUUAUCGCGCUAACUUCUUGGAAAGUUCAUCCCGGUAAAUGCCAAAAAGGACUGAAAUUUCUGAAUGACAAUAUAAGCAAACUUGAAGAGGAAAAUCCAGAACACAUGCCGAUCGGUUUUGAAGUAGCUUUCCCUUCGCUCAUUGAUAUUGCAAGGAAACUAGACAUUCAAGUCCCCGAGGAUUCUCCCGCCUUGAAAGAAAUCUAUGCAAGACGAAACCUGAAGCUCACAAAGAUACCGAAGAGCUUAAUGCACAAAGUGCCAACAACUUUACUUCAUAGCUUGGAAGGAAUGCCAGAUUUGGAGUGGGAAAAGCUUCUAAAAUUGCAGUGCAUAGAUGGGUCAUUUCUGUUUUCUCCAUCAUCUACUGCUUUUGCACUCAUGCAAACAAAAGAUCAAAAGUGUCUGCAGUAUCUUACAGAUGCUGUCACCAAAUUCAAUGGUGGAGUUCCGAACGUGUACCCAGUGGAUCUUUUUGAGCAUAUUUGGGUCGUUGAUCGCCUUCAACGACUUGGGAUUUCGCGUUAUUUCGAUUCCGAGAUCAAGGAUUGCGUUGACUAUAUAUACCGGUAUUGGACGAAGGACGGAAUUUGUUGGGCGAAGAAUUCUAACGUACAAGAUAUUGAUGACACCGCGAUGGGAUUUAGGGUUUUAAGAAUGCACGGCUAUAAAGUUACUACAGAUGUGUUUCGACAAUUCGAGAAAGAUGGUAAAUUUGUGUGCUUCCCAGGGCAAACAACACAAGCGGUGACCGGAAUGUUCAAUUUAUUUAGGGCUUCGCAGGUGCUCUUCCCCGAUGAGAAAAUUCUCGAAGAUGCCAAGAAAUUUUCGUAUAACUAUUUGAAGGAGAAACAAUCGACAAACGAGCUUCUUGAUAAAUGGAUCAUCGCCAAGGACUUGCCAGGCGAGGUUGAAUACGCAUUAGAUGUCCCAUGGUAUGCGAGCUUACCCCGACUCGAAACAAGAUUUUACUUGGAGCAAUACGGAGGUGAAGACGACGUUUGGAUCGGGAAAACCCUAUACAGGAUGGGUAAUGUGAGCAAUAAUACGUAUCUUGAGAUGGCUAAAUUGGAUUACAAUAACUGUCUAGCAAUACAUCACCUCGAAUGGAACACUAUGCAACAAUGGUAUGUGGAUUUUGGUAUGGAACGGUUUGGGACGAGUGACGUCACGAGCCUUUUGUUGUCAUACUACCUUGCGGCGGCUAGUGUAUUCGAGCCAGAAAGAUCCAAAGAACGGAUAGCAUGGGCUAAAACUACUACAUUAGUCGACACCAUCUCCUCGUUUUUCUACUCAUUCAAAAUCUCCGAUGAGCAUAGGAGAGAGUUUGUCGAGGAUUUCAGAAACGUAUCCAAUUCUAUCCAUCAUGCCAAAAACGGGAAGCCAUGGCAUGGAUUGAUGGUUGCACUGAAAGGAACCCUACACGAGAUCGCUUUGGACGUUCUUAUGACUCAUCGUAGAGACAUCCAUCCACAGCUUCACCAUGCCUGGGAGAUGUGGUUGAUGAGGUGGCAACAAGGCGUAGACGUAAUGGAAGGACAAGCGGAACUGAUAGUACAAACGAUAAACAUGACGGCUGGCCGAUGGGUGUCCAACGAACUCUUAGCCCAUCCUCAAUACAGACUCCUCUCAUCCGUCAUUAAUAACAUCUGUCACGAAAUAUCCCACGUAAAUAAUCGAACCUGCAUGGAAGUCAACAGUACAACUAUCAGCACUUCGAUAGAUUCCAAAAUGCAAGAACUCGUGCAACUCGUGCUCAGCGACUCACCGGAUGAUCUUGAUCAGGAUUUAAAACAGACUUUCCUCACCGUUGCAAAAACCUUCUACUACAAGGCGUACUGCGAUCCUGAGACAAUUAAUGUUCAUAUUUCCAAAGUAAUGUUCGAAACGAUAAUUUGAAAAGACUGA